UCGUGGUUGAUUCUUCACGCAUAGCAAUCCCAGUCUCAGCCUCUCAGGCCAGGCUCACGGUGGUAGGAAGUUUGCAGGGCCGCGCCCGUGUGAUUGCUGAUCUGAUCAAUGGACACGGCGCGGCGCUCGCCGGUCUGCCUCGACCUCAUGGUCGGCCUUCCCAUGGUCCGCGAGCCGUCUCCGGCGAGGUGCGCCGGAAUGAGAGCCGAAGCUCACAUUUCUAGCUCGGCCUGUGGCAGAGCAGCUUCCACCACCAUGACCAACGGCGAGGCCAGGAUCCUGGAGGCCAAGUUCACGGAGGUGAGCGAGGAGAACAGAAGGCUCACCGAGAUGAUCGGCUACCUGUACGCUAAUAACCAGAAUUUCGGGCGACAGAGCCCCGAAGGCGAGGGCGAGCAGCCCGCGAGUACUGCCGCGUCGCCGACAUCGCCGGUGGGCAAGAAAAGGGGCAGGGAGAGCCCGGACACGUCGGAUUCCGGCGAUGCCAACAGCGACAAGAAGAUAAACAUGGUCGAGGCCGAUCAUGUCGACGUCGAGAGCCCGCUGAGCAACGGCACUUGCCGGAGAAUCAAGGUUAAGAAGGUCUGCACCCGGAUCGACCCAUCGGACACGAGCCUUGUGGUGAAAGAUGGGUAUCAAUGGCGGAAGUACGGGCAGAAGGUCACACGAGACAACCCGUCCCCCAGAGCCUACUUCCGAUGCGCCUUCGCACCGUCCUGCCCUGUCAAGAAGAAGGUGCAGAGAAGCGCGGAGGACAGCUCUGUGGUGGAGGCGACGUACGAGGGCGAACACAACCACCCGCGCCCCACGCGGGACGGCGAGCUGCCGAGCUGCGCAACGCAGGGCGGCGGCUCGGUGCCAUGCUCCAUCUCCAUCAACUCCUCCGGCCCGACCAUCACGCUGGACCUCACCAAGAACGGGGGAGGCGUGCAGGUCGUCGAGGCAGGGGAGGCGCAACCGGACCUGAAGAAGGUGUGCCGGGAGGUCGCGUCGCCGGAGUUCCGGGCGGCUCUGGUGGAGCAGAUGGCCCGCGAGCUCACCGGCGACCGGAAGUUCACGGACGCGCUCGCCGCCGCGAUCCUGCGGAAGCUGCCGGAUUAUUAGCAUUCAGUAGAAGCUAUCGAGAUUCGAGACUGUGCAUACAGUACUUCAGAAACAAACACCCGUGCGGUGUUCUAGUACAGCUUCAGAAAAGAUGUUCUAGCACUUCUCUGCUGAGAUUUAGGGCCUAGUUCUCCCCUAAUUGUACUGCAUAAUUUGCAAUUUUUCUUGCUAUUUGAUGAUCUGAAUCGUACCACAGGAAAAUAAUGUAUCGUGAAAAGAAGGUAUGGAGAAAAUAAAUUUGAAACGUGCCA